CGGGCACUCAUGGCCCAGGUAGGACAGAAACUUCGCACCUCCUCUCAAGGGCCGGCGCCAGCCAUUGACAAUUGACAUUGAUGGACGACUGCUCCACGACGUCUUUUGAAUGAGACCAACCGGUGAUGAGUUGUACUCUGUACAUACGAUGCCUCAUUGCACCAUUCCUUGCGUGUCUGCCAAACGGGACGGGGCCCGCGAUGUGCCUGGCCACUUGCAAGGCGGUUUUGGUACAAAGCGCCCGGGCAUGGGGUCGAUUCUAGCAUCAACAUAUCCCCCAGUUUGCGUCAUUGGGAUCGGAUCGAGGUACCAAAGACAGAAGCAUCAAAUAUCCAUCAUUGUGUUCUUUUCCCCAAACUUUCAGCCGGCACAUCGAGGAACGGCGGUGGAUGUCACUGGUCAGGGGACUCGAUUAACCGCCCAAACCCGGGGCCAUCACGAGCGUUGGAAAUUUCAGGCUAGACCUUUUUUAUCCUGGGUCCGCAUUCUCUGCCAAUGGAAGAGCCGGUGCUUGGGUAGAAAUGGACCCUUGACCCAUGCUGGGCGAGGCGGUACGCCGUCACGGGUGAAGCGUUCCAGUUUUUAGUGCAGGCGGACCCUCUGGGGAGGAGUUCGCAGCUCGAGUCCGACUUUCCUCAGCUUGGCACGGGCGCUCUCAGUUACAGCAGUCCGUCAAGGCACACUUGGACAGGGCGGGCUUGUUGACUUUGCAGUUUCGAAACAGGCCCCCUCUUGCAUCAUUCUAAAGUGUAAACAUG